AUGUCCACUCCAAUGCCAGUCGGUAACGUUGCUAACGGUGAAACCUUAUUCAAAGCCAGAUGUGCCCAAUGUCACACUGUCAACAAAGGUGGUGUCAACAAACAAGGUCCAAAUCUCUAUGGUCUUUUCGGUCGUAAAUCAGGUUCAGUCGAAGGUUACUCAUACUCAGAAGCCAACAAAAAUGCUGGUAUCAUGUGGGGUGAAGAUACUCUCUUUACUUACUUAGAAAACCCAAAGAAAUUCAUUCCAAAAACUAAAAUGGCCUUUGCUGGUUUCAAAUCAGCUCAAGAUCGUGCUGAUACCAUCGCUUAUCUCCACAAAGAAUCCACCGCUUAAAUUGAUUAGUUUAAUUUUAAAAAAAAACAUCACUUUAUGUUUAAAUUUAAAAAAAUAAAAUAAUAAAAAAAAAUAUUAAAAAUUAUU